GAAGGGCAAUUAGCAAUAAGCUUGAGAAAAUCCAAUAAAGCUCCACAUUUGAGCAAAGAUGGCAGCAACAAAUACAAGUUCAUCAUUGGCUGGAUUAAUUGUGAAUGAAAAAAGAACAGAAGCCAAUUUUGAUAGUUGGAAGGAAUGCUUGAAAAACUACUUAAUUGGGCAAGGCUUAUUGGGUGUUGUAACUGGAGAAGAUGUUGAACCUAAAAGAACAGAUAGCAACUACAAGGAUUGGGAGAAGAAGAAUGCCUUAGCUUUACAUGCAAUACAAAUUUCAUGUGACGAACAUACAUUUUCAAAUUUGGUGAUGAAGGAACCAACCAAAGUUAACUCAGCCAAAUUUGUGUGGAAUGUCUUGGCUGAAAGGCAGAGUAAAGUCCUGCGUUAUCCUGAGGAAGAAACAUCAAGCAUCCUUCAACACAACGACCUGUACAUGGCUGUGGAGAAUGAUGAUUGGACUACAGUAAAAUGGUUGUUGUCACUAAACCCUAAUGAUGUAAGAGCAAAAAUAACAAUGAUUGGCCAAACUGCCCUUCAUGUUGCUGUUUCAGCUGGAAGAUUAGAGAUUGUGAAAGAGCUGGUCAAACUAAUGUCCAAAGAAGAUUUGGAGCUGAAAAACAAUUUUGGUAACACAGCCUUUGCUCUUGCUGCCAUGAAUGGAUCCACAGACAUGGCAAUGAUCAUGUUGAAAAAGAAUAAAGAUUUGGUUAAAAUUAAAAAUAACUACAACAGCCAAAUUCCAGUUGUUACUGCUUCCUUGUACAGUAAUAGAGAGAUUGUUGGCUUCCUUUUAGAUAAGACUCCCAUUGAAGUUCUUUCUCCACAUGAAAAUGACAAGAAUGGUGCCACACUCCUAAAUUGUUUGAUUGCUGAUGAAAUCUAUGAUUUGGCACUAGAUCUUCUUAAAAGGUACCCAAGACUUGCUUUUAUUGAGGAUAUUCAUAAGAACUACACAAUCACAUUGUUGGCUAAUAAACAUUCAGCAUUUUUAAGCGGAAGCAAGCUUGGAUUUUGGAAGCGACGGAUCUACUCAAGUAUUUACGUCAAUUGUGAAGAAAAUGAAAUGCCUUCUCAAGAGGCAAGUGAUGAGGAGAAUGUCUACAGGCCCCCUAGGCAAGACUCAAGUGACAAGAGAAUCAUAAUACCACAAGCUAGCAGCUUAAGAGGUUUAAAGUUGAAACAUGCCAAAGCUAAACAACUGCUCAGAUUGAUAUUCAAGGAAAUGCCAAGAUUAAGCAAUGCAGAGCUUAAGAAAAUUGGGUUGCAUCAAGUAAUCUAUGAUGCCAUCAAGUGUGGUUUAGUUGAAUUUAUUGAAGAGCUAAUCUCAUGUAAUCCUGACAUAAUAUGGUGGGCUGAUCAAAAGGGAAGAACACUAUUUUCUUAUGCAAUCAUACUUCGCCAAGAAAAAAUCUUCAGCCUAAUUUACGAAUUGCGUUCAAAGAUGCACACAAUAGUGAUUUGGCGUGAUGUUUUUAACAACAAUUUUUUGCAUUUGGCCGCCAAGUUGCCACCUUCCUCUCAACUUGAUCGAGUCCCUGGUGCAGCUUUACAAAUGCAAACAGAACUACAAUGGUUUAAGGAGAUAGAGAAGAUGGUACCAUCAAAGUACAAGGAGCGAGUGAAUGAAAAUGGAGAAACACCUAGUGCUUUAUUUACCAAGGAGCAUAGUAAGUUGGUGAAAGAAGGUGAGAGCUGGAUAAAGAGUACAGUAGCACAAUGUAUGGUUGUAGCCAUUCUUGUUGCUACUGCCAUAGUUACAUCAACAUUUCAAUUUCCUGGUGGAGUUGACAACAGUGGGUUUCCUCUUUUAUCAAGCUAUGGUCCAUUCUUGGUAUUCUCUAUUUCAAAUGCAUUAUCAUUAUUCUCUGCGAGUACUUCCGUUCUAAUAUUCCUUGGAAUUCUUGCAUCACGUUAUGCAGAGGAAGAUUUUCUUGAAUCCUUGCCCAGAAAAUUGAUAUUUGGUCUUUCCACUCUUUUCUUCUCUACAUUAACCAUGAUGAUAGCCUUUGGUUGUAGCAUUUUUAUCUUCGAACAAAAGAAAUCAUCUUGGCUGGCUAUUCCACUCAGUAUUCUUUCCUUCAUACCCAUUGCUUUCUUCACAUAUGUUCUGUUUCCUCUCCUCUUUCGAAUGGUCAUUAACAAACGCAAAGGUUAUAGCUUCUUUGACAAAUCCAAAGAGCAAUUACGUGUAAGGAAAAUUGCAUGAAUUGCACUUACACUGGUUGGAUCUUGAAUUCAUUUAAUAUGAAUGGCUUAUGAAUUGUAAUUGUGGUGUGUAUAUAUAUAGUGACGUACUUGAACAAUUAUAUGAUAUGUUUAUAAAAAGACAUGCACCUC